AUGUCGAACGCGUUUGAAACUGAGCAAACCUCUUUCUUCGGUUUUACGCACGAGGUGAGGAUCAGUUCCAGUACAAUGGAGCUGAUAGAGGAACUGGAGAAAUCCGUUUGGCAGCAUUCGAAGGGCGACCGGCAGGUUCGGAGGUACUUCGACAAUUACGAUACACCUUUCGUCGGUGAGGGUAGGCGAAAAACGAACUUUAAUAGCUAUUAA